AUGGAAUCCCCGAGACUCGGAGCGAGCAGAGCCGAGGAGUGUCCUCGCUUGCGAGGCCGUCUCUCCCCGUUCCAGCGGAAAUGGAUCGUUUCGAGGAAGUCAAGGGGGAGGGAUGGGAUGGCAGGGGGAAGGGAUGGGAUGGCAGGGGGAUGGGAUGGGAUGGCAGGGGAGGAUGGGGUCGUCGCCGCGUGUCUCCCGUACGGUUAUGGCAAGAACCAGAUUUAGAUGAUCCUAAUCCGCAAAUCCACUAUGGUUCCAUCCAUGGCGCACGUGGUGGCCCGCCCGCUGAAUCCCCGCUCGCUCUCUCGCUUCGUCGGGCUGCGACUGAGCGCGGGGCGAGGCGUGCCGUUUCUCCGUCGCGUCGCCGAGACGGGGAUAGCUGAUUUCUCCACAAUCUCCAAGGAGCCCAGAGAAGUUGUUUGGAGUCCUGUAUUUUGCACAAGUGGUUCCAAAAAUCAGUUUCACUGGUGCAUAGGUCUCUAUCCAAAUGGAAUAGAUAUGAUAUCCAGCAAUCACCUGGGGCUAGGCCUCACCCUCAUGGAUCCUCCUCUCUUGGGAAUUGUCAGUGAAUUCCAUGCAGCCAUUCUGGAUUCCAAGGGCAGACAGCAUUUUAUGAAGGAGACAGGGAGGGUCCACAUCUACAGUGGAAUGACCCUGCUCCAAAGGGACUUCAUUGAGUGGAUUCAUCUCCUCCAGGAGCCCAACAUCUUCCUUCCCAAUGAUAUCUUGACUGUCUAUGUACAUAUUGGGAACAUCUCCAUGCCAGGAGAGGAGGAAGUGGACAUGCUGUUUCAGCCUCUCAACUCUAACCCAGAUGUACUUCUCAUUGCAAAAGGAAUUGAAUUCCCAGCCCAUCUGGAACUCAUUCAAAAUAUGUGCCCUGCACUGGGUUCUCUUAUUAAGAACGAGCUGAGGAAGCAGUCUGGACCCGAGCAGAGGGAUGCAGACACCCGCCUUGAAAUCCCAAACAUGGAACCAACUGUACUGCAUGGGAUCCUCUGUUUCCUUUACACUGGGUCUUGCCCAAAAUUGAAUGAGAUUGCUGAGUGUCUCCUUCCUGCAGCAGUUCACCUCCAGCUGCCUGACUUGAAGAAGCUUGCUGAGGAGCAAUUGUGUGAGGGGAUCUCAAGGGAGAAUGCUAUCCGAUGCCUUGCCCUAGCCAGGGAAAACCAUGCUGGGAAGCUCUUUAGUACUGUAAUGGCAUUCCUGAGUUUCAAUAUCAAAGAAGGGCUCCAUGGGAAGGACUGGAAGGCCAUGAUGGAGAAGCACCCAGAUCUUCUCAAAGUUAAGAUGAUUGCAACUGAUGAAGCAGAUUAUGGAGACCCUGAUGAGUUUGGCUCUCUCAGAAAGCGAACCACAACCCCUGAGUUUGAGCACGAAGAAUUUGAUGUUAAUGUCAUCCCCAAACGCCUUCCUCCUUUCAAAUAUGUACAGAGGAUCAAGGAACACUUGGACAAGAAGGAGCUGAAGAAGGCCCUCAAUGUCUGGGAGAAACAGAUGCGAUUUGAAGACAAGGCCCGACCAGAUCCAUCUGUUUUCACUCAUCUCAUCUCAGGCUGUGCUCAGGCUGGGUACACUGACAAAGCUUUCAAACUUUUUAAGCAGAUGAAGGAGUAUGGAUUCAUUCCUAGGGAAAACAUCUACACAUCCCUCUUCAAUGCAUGCUCUAAUUCACCAUGGCCAGAGACUAAUGGUUUGGAGCAUGCCAAGAAACUCCUGGAUCACAUGCGCUAUAAGGGAUAUCUUCCCAAUACCAUCAAUUAUCAUGCUAUGAUUAAAGCAUUUGGACGAUGUGGGGAUUUGAAAACAGCCCUCAGCCUUGUGGAUGAAAUGGUAGCUAAUGAACAUCCCUUGACUGAAACAGUCUUCAAUUUCCUUCUGCAGGGCUGCAUAUCUCGAAAGGCUGAUGGGUUCACCCAUGCACUCUUGAUAUGGCGAAAAAUGCGCGAGAAAGGUGUCCAUCCAACCAUCUUCUCCUUCAAUCUUCUGUUACGAGCAGUGAGAGAUUGUGGAGUGGGUUCAGAUGGACAGUCCUUAUUGCAAACUCUGAUCAACUCUUGCCAGAGGCCUCACUUUCCCUUGUAUACACCUUCUACCAUCUAUGGGUCCAUAAUGAGAGGGGAAGAUGUACAAGAUGAGACCCAGCCCAAGUUGGAAGCUGGAGGGGAUAAAGCAUUGAAGUCUGUCUCAAAUGAAAUUUUCUUGCCUCAAGUUUUGUCUGAAAGCAUCCAGGUUAAUCAGGGCAUUGUGGCAAUCAAGAGUCUGGAUCGACCACAGGACAGGCUUGGUUUUCUUGGUGGUCAAAGUGGGAUCCUCUUGCAGAUGGGUACUGAUGGUGUUAAGCCCAACAUCCAGGCCUUCUCACUGCUUAUUGCUUCCAUCCCCAAUAAUUCUAAUGCUGAAGAGGAAUUAUUGAGGAACAUGCAGCUGCAUAAUGUUAAAGCAGAUACAGACUUCUUCAAUCAGCUGAUAAAGAAGCAAGCUUCUCGUCAUGAUUCUCAAGCCAUCAAGAGAUCACUCACAAGAAUGUCAGAGAACUCCCUGGGACCUGACAUUGUGACAUAUGGAGUCCUGGCCCUUGGCUGUAGGACAAGGAAUGAGGGAAACCAGCUUCUUCAGGACAUGGAAUUGGCUGGCAUCAGGUGCAACAUGGAGAUCCUUGGAGCACUCUUGAGCAAUGCUUUGUCACAAACAGAUUUUGGCUGGGCCUUGAACCUCAUGAAUGUGGCAAGGGUCAAUUCCAUUGAACCAUCUCUCAUGUUCUUGAAUUACCUUGAAAAGCUGCGAAAUGUGGCUAAAAAAUCUCAGCUUCAGGAUGAAUCUGAAAACAAGGCACCAAUAGAGAAUAAGAAAGACUCCAGAAAGAAAUUCCUAUUUUACUAUACAACAUGGUUGAAGUCUAUGAAGUAUGAAAAGCCAUUGCAUCCAUGGGCCCAGUUCCAAAACACACCAGAACCUGAAGGAAAUGAGGAAUCUUCCUCACACAAUGAAGCAACGUCUGUGUGAUCUAUCGUGCUGCCUUUGAAGGAGAAUUUGUCUGUAGAAUUCCAUCCUGUUCAUAGAAUGCUAAGGAGGAUUAUUCCCUUGACGUUUUCUCGAUGAUGUAGUGAGCAUUUUGGGAAAAAAAUAUUUUUUUUCCAAUAAA